AUGAAAAUGCAUAUACAAAAAAUUAUUGAAGAAAAAUUAAGCCAUGUAUUAAAACCUACAUUUCUAGAACUGAUUGAUAAGUCUUGUGGUUGCGGCACAUCAUUUGAUGCAGUAAUUGUUUCCAAUAAUUUUGCGAAUAAAAAAUUAUUAGACAGACAUAGAAUUGUAAAUGAUAUUAUAAAAGAAGAAUUACAAAACAUCCAUGCAUUUUCUAUGAAAUGUCAUACUCCUAUGGAAUAUGAUAAAAUAAAAAACACAUCUAUAUAA